GAAAGGAAGCAGCCAUGACUGAGCCACUAGAAGAUUCAGUAAAUGCUUCUGAUUUCCCCGAUUAUACAGCUGCUUUUGGAAAUUGCACUGAUGAAAAAAUCCCACUCAAGAUGCGCUACCUCCCUGUUCUUUACAGCGUCAUCUUCCUGGUGGGCUUUCCGGGGAAUGCAGUAGCCAUUUCCACCUAUAUUUUCAAAAUGAGGCCCUGGAAAAGCAGCACCAUCAUCAUGUUGAACCUGGCCUGCACAGACCUGCUGUAUUUAACCAGCCUCCCCUUCCUGAUUCACUACUAUGCCAGCGGCGAAAACUGGAUCUUUGGGGGGUUCAUGUGCAAGCUUAUCCGCUUCGGCUUCCAUUUCAACUUGUACAGCAGCAUCCUCCUCCUCACCUGCUUCAGCAUCUUCCGAUACUUUGUGAUCAUCCACCCCAUGAGCUGCUUUUGCAUUCACAGAACCAAGUGGGCCGUGGCAGCCUGUGCAGUGGUGUGGGUCAUUUCGCUGGUGUCUGUCAUUCCUAUGACAUUUCUGAUCACACCCACCACGAGGACUAAUCGAUCCGCCUGUCUGGACCUUACCAGUUCUGAUGACCUCACAGCCAUCAAGUGGUACAAUCUCAUUUUGACUGCAACCAUUUUCUUCCUCCCCUUGGUAAUAGUGACGCUUUGCUAUACAACGAUUAUCUGCACCCUCACCCAAGGACCUCAGGCUCACGGCUGCCUUAAGCAGAAAGCUCGGAGGCUAAGCAUUCUGCUGCUUCUUGUGUUUUAUAUAUGUUUUUUACCCUUCCACAUCUUGAGGGUCAUUCGGAUUGAAUCUCGCUUGCUUUCCGUUAGCUGCUCCGUCGAGAAUCAGAUCCAUGAAGCUUACAUUGUUUCUAAACCACUAGCUGCCCUGAACACGUUUGGAAACCUGGUACUGUAUGUGGUGGUUGGAGACAACUUUCAACAGGCCAUCUGCUCAGUAGUGAGAUGCAGAGAAAAUGGGGACCUCGAGCCAGCAAAGAAAAACAGUUACUCAAACAACCCUUGAAAUAGUUCAUUUAUUCAACCAA